AUGACAAUUGGGAGGCUAAUAGAGGGGCUUCUCUUGAAGCUGCCGGCCAUGUCUAUUCUUAGCCCUCCCCCAACUUUCUUAUGGCCCAAUCCACAAGCAAUCUUACUCGCUGGAAACUUCACAGUCUCCGCCCCUAACCACCAUUACCGAACCAUCGCUGUCAACCGUUACCUCCACCAAGUACAGACGGAGCACCACCUUCCCCUCGUCGACCCACCCCUAAACCUAACGUCAGCUCCGCCUCUAACCGCCCUCGUUAUCACCGUCGCUGAAGUCAACUCUCCGUUAACUCACGGAGUUAAUGAAUCCUACUCCCUUGCCGUCCCUUCCUCCGGUGUAAACACGAUUCUAACGGAGCAAACUAUAUGGGGUGCAAUGUGCGGCCUAGAAACGUUUUCCCAGCUCGUUUACUCGAGACCAUCAAGUGUGGCGUGCGGGUUGUUCAUUUCCGACGUUCCACCUUUUAUGCACCGGGGAAUCAUGCUCGACGCGUCGAGAAAUUAUUAUGGGGUGAAAUUUUGGCAACUUGAACUUAUUUUCACAGAUUUGCAGAGUCAGAGCCCAGAGACAACAAUGAACUGGUGGUCCACUGGAAUUGAAAAUGAGGAAAGAAAUAAAGAAUUAAGUCUAACCCAAGAGAAUAAAACUUUACUUCUUUCACCUGCCCUUGAAAGCAUGGCUCUCAGCAACACAAGUUCCACAUCCAAUUACAACACAAACCCCAAUGAUGAGAAACAAGUUUGA